GCAAGUCACCACUGAGUCCAGCCAAGUGAGCCGCACUCCAGGUGGGAGUGGUCUGAGCUGUGUGUAUCCUUCCUAACUCAGGCUAAACGUGUGUUUCACCUAAAUGGCAUCUUGAUGCAUGUACUGUGUUUUCCCUGUAAGGUGUGAAGAGCUUGGCAAAGUCUACUGUUGUAGGCAGAAUAAUGGCCUCCUAAAAGAUGUGCAUGUCCUGGUCCCUAGAACCUGUGAAUAUGUUGUUUCACAAAGCAAAAGAACUGAGUGUGAUGAGGUUAUGGAUCCUGAGAUGGGGGGAUUCCUGGAUUAUGUCUGCUUGCCCUAGUGUGAUCACAAGAGGCAGAAGGAUCCAAGUCCUAUAAGGAGUAUAAGGAGAUUUGACGACAAGCCCAGAAAGUGAGAGACGAAGAUGUCUCACUGCUGGCUUGAAGAUGGAAGAAAGGAAAGUAGGUGGCAUCUAGAAGCUGGAAAUGGUUAGCAAACAUCCUCCCCAAGAGCCUCCAGGAGGAACCCACACUACUGAAACCUUCAUUUAGGACUUCUGACCUCCAGAACUGUGAGAUGACAAGUUUGCAUUGCCUCAAGCCACUGUGGUGAUGGCAGUUUGUUAAAGCAGCAGUAGGUAACUAACAUAGCCAAGGCAGAAUUUUAAAAUAGUAAUAGCAGGCACCAGGCCUUGCUAAUGUCCACACUUGCUGGAAUGAACUGGGUUGCCUGUCUCCCUGCUCAGCUGUUUAUAUUUACCAUUAUCAUACCCAUUUUGUAGAUGACGCUGCCAGGCUUGAGACAACCACGGUUACCUGGUUGAAGAGGGGAGAGGCAGCCCAGCAUUGGCCUCCACAGUGAAGAUCUCCUGGCCAGGCUCUCAGCUGUCAGAUCCUACAGCCAGGACUCUGCGCUAGGGGCCAGUCCCAGGAUGGAGGCUUCGGCCCACAAGGCUGGGCAGGGAGGAAUCCCCAAGGCUCAUGCCCGAGGUGUCUCCGGGGCCUGGGCGAAGAGGCCCGAGGAGCCGAGGCCCCUCGAAGAAGACCGGGCAGAGAGCCGCCCCACUCAAAAGGCGGACCUGCCUGGAGGGGCAGCGGGUGGCCUGACGACUCCCCCAGGGUGGGGCUCACGGGGCUGCAGCCUCGGGGUAACCCCCGGUCCAGGGACCAGACCCCUAGUGCAGGAGCCGUGCGGCCCCGCCUAUUCUCAGGACCCGGACUUAGUUACCCCCGAGGGGUUGCAGGCUGGGGAGGGCCCCUGUGGAAGCCCGGAGCCUGCUGGGAACUGCAGCAGGAAGUCCUGCCUGGCGCUGCAUCGCGGGGCGCCCGCUGGGAAGCCCCCCGUGAGUGACCCUUGUCCGGAGUGGCUCCGCAACCACCCCUGGACUCAACUGUGUGAGGUCCACACGGACUGCUGGCCGUGCCAACCGCGGACUGGCGCUCCGACCUACCCGCAGACCCCAAAGCCGACCUCCCGCGGAAGAAGACCCUAGGUGGAGCAGCCCCGGGCUUGCGCGUGCGGCGAGGCCUUUGCUUGGAGGGCCCCGCGGAUCACCCAAGAGCGGCUGCAGGCGACGGAGGAGCCCAGUCUGUGUGCCCGGUGCGGGAAGCGCUUUCGCCCCAAACAGCAGCAGCCGGGCAAAGGCCCCCCAGUGUGUCCCGAGUGCGACCAAACCUCGCAACCUUGCCUGGAUGUUCCCGAACCCCCGGCCCAGCGACUGUACGCUUGCGACGAGUGCGGCAGGGCCUUUGUGCGCUGCUCCGGCCUGUACCGCCACCAGAAGACGCACUUGGCGGAGCGCCACAGCCGCUGCCCCGUCAUGGUCCAGCGUGCCCUCUGGCUGCAGCGCCCGCCCUGGGGGGACUGUGGCGAGCGGAGUCCCCGACGGGUGUCGGGAGCCGGGAAGAAGCCGUACGAGUGUGUGGAGUGCGCGAAGGCCCUCGGCCUGUUCUCUCACCUCGUGGAGCACCGGCGCGUGCACACCGGAGAGAAGCCCUACGCGUGCCCCGAGUGCGGCAAGGCCUUCAACCAGCGCUCGAACCUGAGCCGCCACCAGCGCACGCACAGUAGCGCCAAGCCCUACGCAUGCCGACUGUGCGUAAAGGCCUUCAAGGGCCGCUCGGGCCUGGGGAAACACCAGCGCGCGCACACCGGCGAGCGGCCCUACCGCUGCCCCGAGUGCGGCAAGACCUUCCGCGGCUGCUCCGAGCUGCGCCAGCACGAGCGCCUGCACUCGGGCGAGAAGCCCUACAUCUGCCGCGACUGUGGCAAGGCCUUCGUGCGCACCUGCAGCCUCGUGCGCCACCUGCGCACGCACACGGGCGAGCGGCCCUACGCGUGCGGGGAGUGCGGCCGCGCCUUCAGCCAGCGCUCCAACCUCAACCAGCACCAGGAGCGGCACACCGGCCGCGCCGCGCCUUGACCUCCAGGAGUGGAGAGUCGACGCGUCGCCAAAGCGAACCACGCGUCCAGGAGAGGCCUUUGUCCCUGAAAACCCACAAACGUUUGUAACCUUGAUUAAACUUGACUUUGUACAC